AUGGAAGACGAGAUAGACGACUGGUUUAAAGCUAAAGAGGAUUCCAAAGCCGAAUAUAUCUAUGAUGACUGUCUUAAGGCUAAAGAGGAUGCUAGAGUCGAAGGAGUUAACGAAGGGGGUUCGAUUUCAAUGUACGCUCUUAAUGGGAGUGCUAAUAAUGAUACGCUCAAGAUUCUUGGGCAGCUCAAGAAAAGGAAAAUCACUAUAUUAAUUGAUAGUGGCAGUACGCAUUCGUUUAUUGAUGAGGGUACUACAUCUCAGUUGGGUUGUGUUCUAAAGGAAACAAUGCCUAUGGGGGUGACUAUUGCAGGCGGAGGCAGAAUAUUUAGUCGAUUCUUAUGCACAAAUUUGGCUUGGAAAAUUCAAAGUCAUGAUUUUCUACUAGACUUCCGAACGAUCAAGUUGGGAGGUUAUGAUAUGGUUUUGGGAGUUGAUUGGAUGACUAAAUAUGGACCAGUGAGCCUUGAUUUCGAGGCGAGAGUUAUGAAAGCUAGGUUAUCAGUUUCCGAUGCAGAAGCCACGUUCGAAAAGGGCAAGGGAGCUCUUAAGGGGAAGGGGAUGUUGUGA